AACGGAAGUAGGAAGUUGGAGGAGUAGUGGAAUUAACGGGGGUCUUUGUUUCCUUUUUCUCUAUAAAUAUUAUUGGAAUAAGCCAUGCCCAACAGGAGGAUUUUGGUUUUCCCAUCUGCUACAGAACUGGGUCCAGUACUGGCCAGUUUGGUGUCCUCACGGGCCAGCCAGGCCUGUAACUCAGAACGCCAGCGCUUCACCCUAGGUCUGUCUGGGGGGAGCCUGGUUUCCCUGCUGAGCCGGGAGCUCCUCGCCCUGCCGGACCUCGACAGCAGUGCUUGGGUUGUUGCUUUCUGUGACGAGAGGCUAGUCCCAUUCGAUGAUGCAGAGAGCACCUAUGGAUUAUACAAGAGCCAACUACUCUCCAAAAUGAAUAUUCCUGAAAGUAGGAUCCUGUCCAUUGACCCAUCGCUAUCUGUGGAGCAAUGUGCAGAGGACUAUGCCCGCAAGCUUAGUGUGAACUUUCCUGGUGAGCCCAUUCCUGUAUUUGACCUGCUGCUCCUUGGGAUGGGGCCAGAUGGACAUACUUGCUCACUCUUUCCAAAUCACCCUUUGCUGGAGGAGACCAAUAAGACAGUGGCUCCCAUAAGCAACUCUCCUAAACCCCCACCUCAGCGCAUAACCUUGACACUGCCUGUUGUCAAUGCUGCCCGCUGUGUUGCUUUUGUGUCAACAGGGGGCAGCAAAGCCCCUGUGCUAAAGCAAGUGCUGGAGGGAGCAGAAGACCCAAAGCUGCCUGCAGCUCAAGUUGCGCCUAGCCAAGGUGAUCUCUUCUGGCUCCUGGAUGAGCCUGCAGCAGCUUUACUCACCAUCCAGGUGGAGAAACCCUCUUCUGGGACAGAGCUGUAACAUCACCACCAGGGGGUCAAAGAGACAGCAUUGGGCUCAAACUAAGUGAGUGGAGUGGGAAACAAUGUAGCUCAAAAACAUCCCAAAUAUAACCUCCUUGACUCCGCUAGAUAAUGUUGUAAAAAGGAAAAAUGGUAGUAUCUGUGGACCUAAACAGUUCUUGAUGCCCAAUGAUGUCUGCACUGUUAAAAUACCCACCUGCAGCUGACCCGUGUGCACCACUGGAGAUUGGCGUGUGAAUUGUUACUGAGCAGUAGAACAGUUUGUACUGGGACCAUUAUGGUAAGGUGAAAAGUUAGUUCUGGUCAUGAGUGCUGUUACAGAUGUGAAGUACUUAAAGCUUAGUCUUCUGCAUGCACUGUUGUACACUGAGAGAUGGAUUUGGUUUAUGAAACAGUUCUCUCCUUCUUUGUUAGAGAACUUGUGUAAAAAUUUACUUCUGAGAAACAGCAGUAGACUGUUACCCCUGAUGCUUACUUUUGCUCCUGCUCAGUUUCUAUCAGUCAUCAGAAUGCAGCCCUGGGAUUCAGGAGCAUAAUCAACUAAGUGUUCACACAAAAUUAGUUGUGAUUUUUUCACAAACUGUGGGGGGAAAAAGACAAAUAAAAUUAUAAAAGAUUAAAUGUGGAAAUAUUUUAUAUUUACUUGUGACACUGUUUACAGUUUAAGCAUGUGAUUAAUUUUUGUUUAGUGGGGUGCCACACAGCAGAACAAGGAGCUAGAAUUCCUUCAAUAAAAGCCCAGCUAUAGACUCCUGCAAGGUAUUGCAAUCCUAUCCAUCUAUGAAUAAUGGUGCAGUGUUUUAGUGUCUGGAACCUAUCCCAGAAACAAAGGGUGUGAGUCAUGGUACAUGCUGGACCUGAAACCAGUCCAUUUCAAGGCUGUAUUUAGCCAUGAACUAAACUAAGUUGACCAAGUAAAUUUUAAUAAAAGCAUGCAUAAA